AAUCAAAAUGAAGUACAUCAUUGUGUGUCUCUGCCUGUGCCUGGCCAGCGUUGGCCACGCCCAGCCCGUGUCGGUGCCAGCGCCACUGGACGCCCAGCUGCUCACCAUCGUGGACGAGAUGACGCAGAUUGGCGAGAAUGCGGCCAAGGCGUUGGCGCAUCAGUACGAGGAGAUUGUCGUCGAGCCGCACGAGCAGCUGGAUCAGGCUGUCGAGGAGCUGGAGGCGCGCCGUCCCGAGAGUCCCGAGUGUGUGGCCGAACAGGACGAACAGAUUGGCAGCGUGCUGGAUGCUGCGCAUCAGGAGUUGCACGAAUGCGGCGUGAGCGCUGCUCACGAUUCCGCUGAGAUUGUCAGCGAUGUGAACGAGGCCACGCAACAGCUGGUCUAUGGCAGCUACGCCCUGGGUCGCACCUACAACAAGUGCCAGAGCUACAAGAACGUGGUGCUGCGUCAAUCCUGCAUGGCCAAGUUCUAUGUGCAGGGCACCGUCUUUCUGGUCAACGCACGCUCCUCGAUCAAGACCAUCCAGCAGAGCACCAACGAACGCAUUCCGGCCGUCUUCAGCGAGAGCAACUCCUGCACUCAUGUUGCCUCCGACAAAGCUGUCGCGGCUCUGGACGUGGUCGGUGCUGAUAUCGAUGCCUGCAUUGCCAAGGCUCGUCGUUAAAGGUUCAUUCGCUUGGAUCAUUUAUUCAAUAAAAACUGGUUUAUCUUGAA